CGGCGGUGACGUCACCGGCCUGGGUAUUUCCGCGUCUGUCAGUAAAUAAAGUUAGAGAGACGGGGAGCUCCCCGCUCCCCUUCCUCACCCCCCGCCUGCAAUCGAUUCCUCGCCCGCCCCUCCGGACAGCGGGAGGCCGGCCGUGCAGCCCAAUGGAAGGUUUCCUGCAGAUGCCGACUGUACAAUGGACGCACAGCAUCACCCCAGCCCCGCCCUACAUCCGGAUCCUGGAGCAGCCCAAGCAGCGGGGCAUGCGGUUCCGGUACAAAUGCGAGGGCCGCUCGGCGGGUAGCAUCCCCGGUGAGAAGAGCACAGACAGCACGCGGACGUACCCAGCCAUCGAGAUUGUGAACUACCUCGGCCCGGCCCGGGUGCGGAUCUGCCUGGUGACCAAGAAGGAGCCCUACAAACCCCACCCCCACGACCUGGUGGGGAAGGACUGCAAGGAUGGCUACUACGAGGCCGACCUGCCCGAGAGGAGCGUUCACAGCUUCCAGAACCUGGGCAUCCAGUGCGUCAAGAAGCGGGAGGUGGCCAUGGCUCUGCAGAACCGGCUCAGCAAGAACGUCAACCCCUUCAACGUCCCGGCGGAGGAGCUCCAGAACGACUCCGAGGAGGACCUCAACGUGGUCCGGCUGUGCUUCCAGGUGUUCCUCCCCAACGAGAUGGGCAUCUGCAGCGUGCCACUGCCGCCCGCCGUCUCCAACCCCAUCUACGACAACCGAGCCCCGAACACAGCGGAGCUGAAGAUCUGCCGGGUGAACAAGAAUUCGGGAAGCUGCCGGGGCGGUGAGGAGAUCUUCCUGCUUUGCGACAAGGUUCAGAAAGAGGACAUCGAGGUCCGCUUCUUCACCAGCGACUGGGAGGGCAAGGGCUCCUUCUCGCAGGCGGACGUGCACCGGCAGGUGGCCAUCGUCUUCAAGACGCCGCCGUACAAGGACGUGAUGCUGACGCAGCCGGUCACCGUGCACAUGCAGCUGCGGCGGCCGUCCGACAAGGAGGUCAGCGACGCCAUGGAGUUCCAGUACCUCCCCGAGGACAAAGAUCCGUACGGUACCCAGGAGAAACGGCGCAAGACCCACAACGAGUUUGUCAACAUGCUCCAUAAGUGCCAGCUACCAGGGGUGCCCAUCUCCAAGAGGCCGAUAUCGAUCCCGACCCGCGGGCCCGACGGCAGGGCGAAGCCGAAACACUUCCACAAGCUCCCCCAGACAGGGGCCAGCGCUCCAGACCUGCUGGGCGGCACAGGGCCCGCCGCCUCCGCCUACCUGCCGCUCGACAGCGGCCUGGAGCCCCGCCGGGGCCUGGACAUGCCGGGCCUGGGGCCGGCCUUCCCCACCUUCCAGCCUCCGGGGAUGGGCCUACUGGGCAACUUCUUCCCCCCGCUGCAGGCCCAGCCCCAGGCCCAGCUGCCGCCCAAGGCCCCCGAGCCGCCGGCCGCCUUCUCCACCAUCGACGCCACCGAGCUGUUCGGCGCGGCCUUCCCGGCGGCCCUCGACCGGCCGGAGCUGUACCUGGGUGAGCCGGCCGCCGGCGUGGAGCUGCCCGGCCAGGACGGCGAGUGCGUCAGCCUGGGCUCCAUCGACAACGGCGACUUCCGGGACCUGCUGGCCCGCCAGCCCGACUUCGCCCUCGCCGGCCCGCAGCAGCCCACGCUGAUGAGCUACUCCCCCGACCUCAUCAAGCUGAUGGGCAGCGGCCAGGAUCUGCGGCCGGGGCCCGGGGCCGGGGCCGCGCCGGGGCCGGCGCUCAACGGCGAGCUGGAGGCGGCUGUGACGGCCUCCGACUUCCUGCCGGACGACGACGAACAAUUCAUGUCCAUCUUCACACAGAGCUUCGAGCUCAUGAACUCGUCCGAGAUCAACAACAUGUACGAGACGGAGCGGGCCAGUCAGGGAGCGGGUGGGGGGAGGGAAUGAGGGAGAGGGAGCACGGGUUUUGAGGGAGCCGAUCCAUUUAGGCUCUCCCCUCCAUCUCCAAUCUGCAAUUCUGCACUCCCUUGCUCUUCUCCCCCCACUCCCAUCCCUUCUCUCAACUGACACACUCUCAGACAUGCACCUUCACUCUCUCUCCCCAUCUUCUGUCUGUCUGUCUCUCCCCAACUUCUGUCUGUCUCUCUCUCCCCCAUCUUCUGUCUGUCUGUCUCUCCCUAACUUCUGUCUGUCUCUCUCUCCCCCAUCUUCUGUCUGUCUGUCUCUCCCUAACUUCUGUCUGUCUCUCUCUCCCCCAUCUUCUGUCUGUCUGUCUCUCCCCAACUUCUGCCUCUCUCUCUCUCCCCAACUUCUGUCUGUCUGUCUCUCCACAACUUCUGUCUGUCUCUCUCCCCAACUUCUGUCUCUCUCUCUCUCUCCCCAACUUCUGUCUGUCUGUCUCUCCACAACUUCUGUCUGUCUCUCUCCCCAACUUCUGUGUCUCUCCCCAUCUUCUGUCUCUCUCUCUCCCCAACUUCUCUCUCUCUCUCUCUCUCUCCCCAACUUCUGUCUCUCUCUCUCUCCAACUUCUGUCUGUCUGUCUCUCCACAACUUCUGUCUGCCUCUCUCUCCCCAACUUCUGUCUCUCUCUCUCCCCAACUUCUGUGUCUCUCCCCCAUCUUCUGUCUCUCUCUCUCUCCCCAACUUCUGUCUGUCUCUCUCCCCAACUUCUGUCUGUCUGUCUCUCUCUCCCCAUCUGUCUGUCUGUCUCUGACUCUCUCCUCAUCUAUGUCUGUCUCUCUCCCAUCUGCCUGUCUGUUUGUCUCCAAAUCUUCUUUCUGUCUCUGUCUCUCUCUCUCCCCAUGUUCUAUCUCUCUCUAACCCAUCUGUCUUUCUCUCCCUCCCCAUCUUCUGUCUAUCUGUCUCUCUCCCCCAUCUGUCUGUCUGUCUCUCUCUCCCCAUCUGUCUAUCUGUCUCUCUCCCCCAUCUGUCUGUCUCUCUCUCCCCCAUCUUCUGUCUCUCUCUCUCUCUCUCUCCCCAACUUCUGUCUGUCUCUCUCCCCAACUUCUGUCUGCCUGUCUCUCUCUCCCCAUCUGUCUGUCUGUCUCUGACUCUCUCCUCAUCUAUGUCUGUCUCUCUCCCAUCUGCCUGUCUGUUUGUCUCCAAAUCUUCUUUCUGUCUCUGUCUCUCUCUCUCCCCAUGUUCUAUCUCUCUCUGACCCAUCUGUCUUUCUCUCCCUCCCCAUCUUCUAUCUAUCUGUCUCUCUCCCCCAUCUGUCUGUCUGUCUCUCUCUCUCCCCAUCUGUCUAUCUGUCUCUCUCCCCCAUCUGUCUGUCUCUCUCUCUACCCCAUCUUCUGUUUUUCUCUCCCUCCAUCUGUCUGUCUCCCUCUGCCUGUCUGUUUCUCUCCUUCCCCCUUCUGUCUGUCUGUCUCUCUUUACCCCAUCUGUCUCUCUCUCUCCCUCCUCCAUUCUAUCUCCUGCUUGUCCCUUGCUCCCCCCUCAAACUUUGUUCUCAGUCCCCAUCUUUCCCACUGCAACAGUUCCACUCCCACCCAGCUCUGGACUCUCAAAGAUGUUUAAUGUCUGCUUCACAAAGAGAUAUUUAACAAAAACAAAUUAUCCUUCAAACCUCGGGAGCAGAACUACGUGAGAUGAAACCCUCUGUUAAAGAAGUUGCUGUUUGGAGGGGGGGGAGAACCUCGGAUUCUGACAUUUGUGCUCCAGCUGCAAGAGAUCAGUCUUGGUUCUCCUCUGUCCCUUAGCCUCCCACGCUUCCAGCCUCUGGAAUCUUUUUUGGGAAAUGCAGGCGCUGGAGUAAAUCCUGUUUCCUGAGAUGUCUAUCUAUUUGACAUGUAAUUUGUUGUACAGACUUUUGAACACCUUUUCUUUCCACUUAUAAACCCUCCAUUCACUAUUUGUAUAAAGAAAAUAUACCUUAAAAGUGAAAAUAGAAAACACAAUUUCUGGCGGGCAGCGGGACUCUGCAAAGUUCUAGAAAUUGGAAGGGGGCUUUUGCUGGUACUUGGGCAUCUGGGAAGGCCCUGCCUCCAUUUUAAAGCCUUCCCUGCUCACCCCAGAGGGAGAGAGUGCCAGAGUUCUGCCUGGUUUGAGUCUAACUCCCAACAGGUAACUUCCCGUAGAUUCACCGUUUUCUCUUUUGAUGCCUCUUUUUAGAACCCAUCUAUUAUGUUAAGGGAAGCUAUGAUUUAAAAAAAAAUAAACCACUCCUGGGUGGCAUUUAGGCUAGGGAAAUAAAUAGAAGAUGGUAGGAUGGGGUAGGUUGUAGGAUUGUUCCUGGUGCGUCUGAAGGCUUUGAAUACACAAUGGAGGCAGUGCCAUCCCAGCAUGCCAAGUGCCUAAGAAAGCCCUCUAGCGAAGCAGUUCCAGCACUUUGGAGAGAGACGCUGGGAGGAGCGGAUGGGCGUCGUGCCUGAAUAGUUUGUGCACCCUUCCUUCCGGCAAGCUGAUCGUUUAUGACCCUCACCCUCACCCCUCCCCUUCCCCUACCGCCCUCCUCCUGGGCAAAUGGGGGUGAACCUUGCCGGGAGGCAACUUUCAUCAACUGGGAGAGCUGGGCCGCGGCGAGGGCCAAGUCCCCAGUUCCCUGCGCUCGCCAAAGAAGAAUGGACAACAAUGAGUGUUGUAGGGAGGAUGAGGGUGGGGGAAGGCCCCCACACAGUUGUAACAGUGCGCUCCCCACAAUGGCGAAGGUCCACAAAUCAACACACUUUUGCAAAGUAGAGCUCACCAGAAGCUUAACCAGCAUGUACAUUGCCAAGGCACCUUGGCCAGGCCACAUCUUUGUAUAGCAAGUAGCUUGCACGUGUAAAAGUAUUAACAUGUAGUGUGUUUUUUUUUUAAAAAAAGAAUAAUAAAUUUUUGCUAAAAGUGUA